ACUGGGAGUCGAGAUGGCGUUGGCCUUCCGUCCUCGUGUCCUUUCGUUCUCUGAACCUGGGCAUUUCGUCGGUUUUUCGGGUGAGAGGGGCCGGUGAAAUUUAAUCAAGCAGGUCCUUUUCUGCCCUCCUUGUACAAGAGAAUUUUACCUGUGACUUUUGCUUUUUUGAGCGGCUUUGAGGGACAAACGUCUGUUGCUCACUUUGAACCUGGCACAGCGCCCACUUCAGGGGACAAGAUAGACUUCUUUACUGCCCUGAUGGGGACCUCCAGUACCAUCAUGACAUAAAGUGGUGACAGCUGCCAUCCUUGUCUUUCUUCAGACUUCAAAGGGAAAUUUUUCAACUUUUCACCACUGUGCCUGCUCAAGACCCCACCUGUCGCCAGGAGGGGAACAUGGAGGAGGAAGGGGUGGCUCCAGAGCUGCUGACCACCUGGUCACAGGACCCGGUGACCUUCCAGGAAGUAGCGGUGGACUUCUCCCAGGAGGAGUGGGCCCUGCUGGCCCCCGCUCAGAAAAUCCUGUACCGAGACGUGAUGCUGGAGAACUACAGGAACCUGGCCUCCGUGGGGUAUCAUCUCCGUAAACCCAGCCUGCUCACCCAGGAGGAGCUGAGGACCAAGAAGAGGAGAAUUCUCCAAGACACCUGUGCAGACCAGAAUUCUCAGCUUAAAACCAAAGAGACUACUGCCAAGCAGAAUAAAGUUUGGGAAAAACCAUUUACCAGCAGGAAAGUGGCACCAAGUCAACCUGGAGAGAAACACCAUGAACAGAGUCUGUGUGGAAAAGCCAUCAGAAGGAAUCCUGACCUUAUUUUGCCCAAGAGGAAUUACACAGGAAUGAAACGCAGCAAACGUAAAGAACAUGGGAAAGCGUUUAGUUAUCCUUCAUCCCUUGGGAUCCACAUGCGAUCUCACGCUGGUGAGAAACCCUACGAAUGUUCUCAGUGUGGGAAAGCUUUCAGUCGCUGCUCGUCUCUUAGGACAUACGAGCAAACUCACACUGGAGAGAAACCACGUAAGUGUACCCGGUGUGGGAAAUUCUUGAGAUCCGGCUCGAGCCUCGCCGUACACAAGAGGAUGCACACUUGGGAGAAACCAUACGAAUGCAGUGACUGUGGGAAGGCCUUCAUCAGGAGCAGUGACCUGACUAUGCAUAAGAGAGUACACACCGGGGAGAAACGCCAUCUGUGCAGUGACUGCAGCAAAACCUUUAGCAGGAAGUUCCAUCUGACGGUGCACAUGAGAACCCAUACUGGGGUGAAGCCCCGCCAAUUCGGUGACUGCGGAAGAGCCUUCGAUAGGAGUUGUAAAGCGACUGCCCACAGGAGGGUACACGCAGGGGGGAAGAUGUAGCAGUGCGAUGACUGUGGGGAACUUUCCAGUAGUCAUUCAUCACAUAGGAAACAUGUGAGAACUCACAGUAAAGACAAGUGUAGGAGUGGAAGCAGGGAAAGCCUCAUCCAUCUCACAUGACAGCAACUCUGUGAAUAUCUUCAGUAUGGGGAAGCCUUCUGCUGGGAGUUAAACUACUGCACGAGGAAAUUCAGAGUGGCAGAGAAACCGUAUAAACGUGAAGAAAGUGGGAUUGCUUUUAUCAGGGCCCUAUCCUGAGGUUGGAAAUCUAGCUCAUUAAUUUUCAGUCUGUGUUUUGGAAUAUAAGCAUUUAAGGCCAUAGGUAUCCCUCUAAAUACCCCCUUUGGCUAUAUUACAUGAGUUUUGAGCUAAGGUUUUUUGUUUUGUUUUUGUUUUUAAUUUAUUUAUUUAUUAUUUUUGGCUGCGUUGGGUCCUCAUUGCUGUGCGUGGGCUUUCUCUAGUUGCGGCGAGCGGGGGCUACUCCUCGUUGCGGUGCACGGGCUUCUCUUGUUGCCGAGCACAGGCUCUAGAGCACGCGGGCCUCAGCAGAUGCGGCGCGUGGGCUCAGUAGUUGUGGCUCACGGGGUCUAGGCGCACGGGCUUAGUUGCUCCGCGGCAUGUGGGAUCCUCCCGGACCAGGGAUUGAACCCGCGUCCCCCGCAUUGGCAGGCGGACUCCUAACCACUGCACCACCAGGGAAGCCCCUGAGCUAAGGUUUUUAAAAUUUUGGU